UGUCAUGAAGUGCCAUCACGUUUCCCAAUGAACACUUCUACACCGUUCCAAGAUGCACAAAGUACUUCUCCUGCAGAUUCAUCAGAAGUUCACGCCGUCGCAAACGAGAGUAGCCGGGGAUCUGUCUCCUCUUUAGUCGGCCGCUUCGCUGUAUUGACCGCCUUCAUCGUUCCGAUAACGUUCAUACCAUAUCUAUUGACGAGGGGUCAUGUAUCGUCUUUGCGUAGGCAGAUCCUGGAAUUGGAGAAAAGUAAUCGUGUGAUGCGGCGAGAGCUCUCUUUGGAGAGCUCUCUACAUAGCGAGGAGCAUAAACGUCUCAGGGGCCUCGUUCAGGGCAUUAGAGAGGAACUUGGAGUACUACAGGCUACCUCACAGGAGAGGGAUGCUAGGUACGGCGAAGAGAGCGAAGGGGUUCGGAGUGAGCUACAGAGUCUGUUAGAGGCAGUUCGAGAUUCGCGGAGCACCCAAAGUGCAACGUCCAAAGCGCUCGGAACUUCACUCGCAGACGUCGCAGCAUUCAUGCAAGAGCUGGAGCUCGUCAUGGGUCUUCAGGGUACCGUUAAUGGGGGGCAUUUACAUGAAGAAAGAGUGGAUAGAUUGCGUCAACUUGCGUUCCGGCUGUCUGCCCAACGUACUGGAGCUGGAUCAGAAGAGGCGGUACGCGAGUCAGAUUGACAAUCGACGUUCUUCGAUGUUUCCUUGCUACUAAUGUAUCAGAUGGAUGGGUUUCAGUGUAUCCUACCUAGCCCAAGGUUGAAACAAAUGUACAAAUGUAUAGCAACCGAAAUGUAUGUUAGCAGUUUUCGGGCCCGACUGUUGGCGACGGAGUUUACAGUUUUCUCAAGCGCUGACGUCGAGCAAGCGCCGGUUGCUUCCGCACUAUUUUGACC